CACGGCGCCUCUGUGGUACGAGCACAGCAGCUCGGUGGCGCGCUUUUCGUGAACGCGCGCUACCUUCGCCCGGGAGGAAACAUCUCGACAGAUCUCGACACAACCGGUGAGACAGUAAAGAUACCUGCAGACACGCCGUGACUCAUCUGAACCUGCUGUUUUAAUUAAUGUCGGCCUGGUUUACACGAAGAAUUCAUAAAACAUCGUGAGAUAUCAGAGAGACUACGCAGGAAGGAGCCGUGCUAGACGUUUCCACAGCACACGGACACGGAGGAUGAACUUGAAACCUGGCUGGCUGCUGCUUCUGUCCGUCGCUGCCGGGGUCUGGUCAGUGCCUAUCGAUCGCAAUGUAGGCAACCAGGAGGUUAAAGAGGAAGUGCAGGAGGAGAACGGGGACACCGGCCUGUACUACGACAGGUAUCUCAGAGAGGUGAUCGAGGUUUUGGAGACAGACCCUCACUUCAGAGAGAAGCUGCAAACAGCAAACACAGAAGACAUCAAGAAUGGACGCCUCAGCAAAGAGCUGGACCUGGUCGGGCACCACGUCAGGACUCGGCUGGAUGAGCUGAAGCGUCAGGAGGUGUCUCGCCUCAGGAUGCUUCUCAAGGCCAAACUGGACAGCACCAACAUACAGACUUUGCAGAUGGACCACGCCUCCCUGCUGAAGCAGUUCGAACAUCUGGAUCCCCACAAUCAAAACACCUUUGAGGCCAAAGAUCUCGAGCUCCUUAUCUCGACGGCCACGAAAGACUUGGAGAACUAUGACGCCGAGAGACACGAGGAGUUCAAACGCUAUGAGAUGCUGAAGGAGCACGAGAGACGGGAGUACCUGAAGGGUCUGGACCAGGAGAAGAGAGAGAGGGAGGAGAAGAGAAUGCAGGAGCUGAAGGAGAAACACCGCCAGCAUCCCAAAGUCAACGCUCCGGGUAGCGUUGCUCAGCUACGAGAAGUUUGGGAGGAGACGGACGGACUGGAUCCUCAGGAGUUCAACCCCAAAACAUUUUUUAAACUGCACGACACAAACGAAGACGACGUUUUAGAUGAGCAGGAGCUAGAGGCUCUCUUCACUAAAGAGCUGGAGAAGGUCUACGACCCGAAGAACGAGGAAGACGAUAUGAUGGAGAUGGAGGAAGAGAGGCUGAGGAUGAGGGAGCAUGUCAUGAAAAAUGUGGAUACUAAUAAAGAUCGUCUGGUGAGCCUGGAGGAGUUCCUGAAGUCCACUGAGAAGAAGGAGUUCAAUAAUCCCAAAGAGUGGGAGACUCUGGACACCAAGCCGGUCUACUCCGAGGAAGAGCUCCAGAGAUUUGAGGCCGAACUCCGGGACAAAGAGGAGGAGCUGAAGAGGAAGGCGGAGAACCUGCGUCAGGAGCAGGAGCUGCUGAAGGAGAGAGGCAAAGCCCUGGAGGCGCAGAGGAGGGAGUACCAGCAGGCCGUGUUAGAGAUGUCCCAGAGAAAGGAGCAGCAGGCAGCAGACGGGCAGCCUCCUGCGGGUCCUAACGAGGUGCUGAAGUUCCAACCAGAGGCACAAAAAGUGGAAACUAAAGAAGCAAAAGCUCCGGCCGAAGCCGAAGCCCCGAACAAUCUGCCUGCAGAACCUCCACAGAACCUGCCGAUACACACCUGAAGCAGCACACUCUGACAGCCUUAACGCACACACACACAAACGCACACACACACACACACGCACACACACUCUUGAUUUGCACUGACACAGACGUCCAGAUGAGUCCUACAAAGUGAAAGUAUUGUACUGUGUUCAUUUCUGUGGUCUACAUACAUCAAAUCAACAGAUAUCAGUAUGUGUGUGUUCAGAAAUCUUCAGUUUCAGUGAAGCUUUUUAUCAAUGCAGUG